AUGCACCCAUUCGACGCCGCACCCUUCCUCUCCGCUACCCCCGCGGAGGGGAGCUUCGAGCCACGGCAGGAGGAGGAGGAGCUUGUUGGAGCCGCGUCAUCGCCGUCGCCGUCGCGUGGCACGCGGGCUGGCGGGGAAAACGCCGGCAUCAGAUGCCAGGAUUGCCGGCACCGGGCCAAGGCGUACUGCGCGCACUGCUGCAGCAGCCGCGGCAUCGUCUGCUCCGGCCACGUGAAGACGACCUCUCACGCCCCCGCGUCCCAGUGCAGCGAGCGCCCGCAGACGACGCUCGCGGCGUCAGCCUCAACCGAGGGCGUCGACGUCGAGCCCAACCCCAAGCGCCCACGCCGGGCCGCGCUUCCCUCUGUCGCCGUCGCCCCCACCACCACAUCGUCCGUUGAUCAGCCGAUCGCGACGACGGCGCUGGAGAGGUUCGCGCGGGAAGUGAGCAUGGACGCCGUGCUCCGCCGCGUGCGGCUAGGAGUAGGAGGGCCCGAGCCGGAGGUCGCGUACUACACCACCGUCACCAUCGCGGGGCACGUGUUCAGGGGAGUCCUGUACGACGUCGGCCCCCACAGUGGCAGCACGGCUGCCUCGGAUACGGACGGGAGCGGGAGCGGUGAAGUAGGGUCGUCGCUGAGCACGGCCGGCGGCAGCUGCCUGGAUCUAACGCUGGGACUGUGA